AUGUUGCCGUCAAGACACACCAUAGCAGCUGUGCUGCUCCACCUGGCGUGGUUGACUGCAGCCCAUGGCGGCGACGAGCAUGCGGCCAUGGACAUGGGCGAUGGCGACGCCCACGAGAAAAAGCCCCUAGAUGACAAUGAUCAGUACAGCCUGCCGAGCUAUGCUGGGUUGGGGAUGCAUGGGAAUAUGAUCAUGGCGCACAUCGUUCUCAUGGUGCUGGCGUGGUUUUUUAUCCUGCCUAUUGGUGUGGUUUUCAGCGUUUCUCGCUCAAGAUUUGCGCUUCCAGUCCAGUUCCUUUUCCUCAUUUUGAAUGGUCUGGGAGUCUUGUUCGGGACUGUGUACAAUAUCAAUACUCCGGAUCUGUAUGAAAACAACGCCCAUCACAAGAUUGGCUGGAUUGCAACUUGGGUGGUAGCCGCCCAGGUCAUCAUGAGCCUCUUGUUCACCUAUUCGGGCAGAGGAAAGGCCAACCAGGUGUCCGCUGCUGAGCGAGCCGCAUUUUUGCCCGUCUCAAUUGAGAACAUGGCUCACCAUGACACCACCCCAUACACCGAUCACCGCUGGUCAGGGGAUAGUGGCCAGGGUACGGAGCAGUCAUCAACCCUCCAUAGCCGUGACGGAUCCCUCUCCACUCCUCACCGCGACGGCUUCGAUGACUUCGAGAAACCGGAGCCUGAGCCAGAACCGGAAUCCGAGGAUGACGAGCCCGCCAUUCCACAAUCGCACCCGAGCCCGCGAUGGCGCCGCUUCAAUGUCUUGGACAAGUACCUGUCCGCUCGAGUCCCGAACCUCCUCUCGGCCAAGCUUCUGCGCAUCUUCGAAAUCGCAUACGAAGUCAUUGACCGAACAAUUCUGGUCCUUGGUUUCAUUGCCCUGGUCACAGGAGGGGUAACCUACGCCGGGAUUUUCCGAGCGAACAACAUUUUCAACGGACUCGCACACUUUAUCAAAGGAGGAAUCUUCUUCUGGUACGGAUUGCUGACACUUGGACGUUGGAUGGGCUGCUUUGCCGAUCUGGGGUGGGCCUGGAAUGUCAAACCCACCCGCAGCGAGGUUGGCCAAUGGAAAGCCGCCGUACCAUCAGCCGAGUUCGUCGAGUCCGCCGUCAUUUUCCUCUACGGCAGCAGCAACGUCUUCCUUGAACAUCUGGCUGCUUGGGGUGGUGCUUGGACGGCGCAGGAUCUGGAGCAUGUGUCCAUCUCCAUCAUGUUCUUCGGUGGUGGCCUGUGCGGCAUGCUCGUCGAAUCCAAGUUCGUUCGGAGAUGUCUCAACGCCGUUGUCGAGAACAUGCCAGCCAGAACCGAGGUGCACCCCAGUGACGCCAUUGAAGUGCGCACUCCGCCCAAGCAAUAUACCACCUCUCUGAACCCGAUGCCGGCAUUGAUCAUCAUGCUCCUGGGUGUGAUGAUGUCUGCUCACCAUCAAAAUUCGAUGGUCUCGACCAUGGUUCACAAACAAUGGGGCACCAUGCUCGUCGGCUUCUCCGUGGCCCGGUUCUUCACCUACAUCGUCAACUAUAUCUCGCCACCGACCUCAAUCUACCCAUCUCGCCCACCCACUGAACUGGUCUCCUCAUUCUGUCUGAUCUCCGGCGGCCUGAUCUUCAUGGCUAGCACGAGAGAUAUCAUCCACUACAUGGAGAGGGCCGACCUGAUGGCCAUGUUCGUCUUCACCGUCACCAUGGGUUUUACGGCUUUCAUCAUGUCCUACGAAGUCAUUGUGCUCUCCUUGAAGGGCUGGGCCACUCGAAAGGAGCUCCGAGCCGCUGAAAGAUCCGUCAGCUAUUGA